AUGGACUUGUUUAGCAAGGCAAAGGAGGUGUUCACGGGUGGUGGUGAUCCGAACAAGAGGGGCGGCAAGAAAGACAUCGACUCAAUCUUGAACAAAGCCAUCGGUACUAUUGAAAAGUAUCAAAUAAAGGAAAAGGCGGUUGAGUUUGCGCAGAAACAAGUGGCAAAGAGGGAGAAGCAUCAAGGUGGCAACGGCAAAAAGAAAGACAAAUCCAUUGUUGAUAAGGCUGUAGAGGCAGCUGAAGACUUUCUUGCAAAACAAGGUCACCAGCCGGUGGCGAGCACAUCAACCUGGAACGGAAAUACAGGACAUGGUUCGUCAGUGAGCCACCAUGAUCCCUUUGUCAAAUAUGAGAGCUAUGAGGAGUACUGGAGCCGGCGUAAUAAUCAAAGCAACAACAUUCCAGUGCAGCCGAACUACAAGAGUACCUCGUCUAAUACCUUUCAUGGCCGCUGCGCGCCUGCUUCGGCACCACCAUACUCAUCUUGUGUGUGA